CUGUUUAUUGUUAUGUAUACAGAUUGUUAUUAUUUUGUUAACAAAAAUAAACUUUGUUUAUAAAAUUAAGUUUUUAUAUUUCUUAACAUUCAAGAGAACAAACUGGUAUAUCGGAAUGGCUAUGUGGCAUGUAAUGAUGGGCAUGGGAAUAGGGUUAAUAGCUACUAUUUUAACAGUUUUUGUGAAUCAACGAAAGCAUCGAGCAAUACCACACAAUUCUAAAACGAAUUACUUUUCACCACCAGGGGAACAAUGUCCCAUUUGCCUUGCUAAUAUGGAAAAUGACGAAAUGAUUUAUCUAAAUUGCGGACACGCAAUUCAUGAACACUGCUUAAGAGAUCUGCGGCGAUAUGGAGAUAACAAGUGUCCGACAUGUCGCGAAAAAAUAUAAAAUGAAAUUAAAA